GCCAUUAAAACGAAAAGAAGAAGAAGAAGCUGAGCAGAAGUUUUUCUUUGGAUGAAGUUGUGAACAGUGCUACUGUUGCGUGCUUGCUGAUCAUCUUCCUUCUCUACGUCAACAUUGUGCUCCAGUUGUCAAUCAGAUGGCUCAGAAGAAAGUGAAGCUGGACCCAGAGGCCUUCUCAUGUACGAUCUGUGCAGGUCUACUGAAGGAUCCGGCGACUAUUCCCUGUGGACACAGCUACUGUCUGAGCUGUAUAAAUGACCACUGGGAUGAAGAAGACCAGAAAGGGAUCCACAGCUGCCCUCGGUGUGGGGAGACGUUCAAACCGAAGCCUGUGCCGACCAAAAACAUUGUGUUAGCGGAGCUGGUGGGGGAUCUGAAGCACCACGGUUUCCAAGCUGCUCCAGCUGAUCACUGCUAUGCUGGACCUGAAGAUGUGGCCUGUGAUGUCUGCACUGGGAGGAAGAUGAAGGCAGUCAAGUCCUGUCUGGUCUGUUUAGUUUCUUACUGUCAGAAUCACGUUAAACUUCAUUACGAAUCUUCUGCCUUUAAAAAACACAAGCUGGUGGAGCCCUGCAAGAACCUUGAGGAGAACAUCUGCUCUCAUCACGGCGAGGCGCUGAAACUUUACUGUUCCCUUCAUCAGAAGUGUAUCUGUAUCCUCUGCUUAGUUGAUGAACAUGAAGGCUGCAAGACGGGUUCUGCUGCGACAGAAAGGACCAAGAAGCAGAAGGAGCUGGAGGAAUGUCGAAGAGACUUCCAGUUGGGAAUCCUGACCCGGCAGGCGGACGUGAAGCUGCUUAAACAGGAGGUGGAGGCCAUCAAUGUCUCUGCUGAUAAAGCAGUGGAGGACAGUGAGGAGAUCUUCACUGAGCUGAUCCGUCUCCUCCAGGAAAGAAGCUCUGAGGUGAAGCAGCAGAUCAGAUCCCAGCAGGAAACUGAAGUGAGUCGAGUCAAAGAUGUUCAGAAGAAGCUGGAGCAGGAGAUCAGUGAGCUGAAGAGGAAAGACGYUGAGCUGGAGCAGCUCUCAMACACASAGGAUCACAMCCAGUUUCUCCUCAACUGUCCUGUAUGGGCAGACUUUAGUCGGCCUACAUACUUCUCCAUAUUUGAUGGCAUUCCUCCAGGAUACUUUGAGAAUGUGACAGAAGCUGUGUCAGCGGUCAAAGCCAUUGUGGCGGACUUGAUAUGCGAUGGAUGGCCGGAGAUCUCUGAGACGAUAUCAAAAGUGGAUGUUUUAUUGUCAAAACCAGAACUAUCCACCAGAGAGGACUUCUUAAGAUACGCAGUAGACAUCACACUGGACCCAGACACRGCGCACCAGGAGAUUCGCUUAUCCAGAGGAGACCGGAAAGCUUUAUCGACGGCAGCGCUGCAGAAUUACCCCAACAACACAGACAGAUUCAAGAUUCCUUUGCAGGUCCUGAGCAGAGAGCACCUGACUGGCCGCUCCUACUGGGAGGUGCAGUGGAAAGGAAGGGCUGUCGAUGUCGCCGUUUCAUACAGCAACAUCAGCAGAGCGGGAGGCUUGGAGAAAUCCGAGUUUGGCUGGAACAACAAGUCCUGGUCGCUGCACUGUCACUCAGCCGGUUACACGUUCUGGCAGAACUCUGUCCACACGCCGGUGUUGAGUCCUCCUUCGUACAGAAUAGGAGUGUUUCUGGAUCCCAAAGCAGGAAGUCUGUCCUUCUACAGCGUCUCUGAAACCAUGACUCUCCUCCUGAAAAUCCAGACCACGUUCACUCAGCCGCUACAYGCCGGGCUGAGGUUCCCCAACUCUGCGAACGACACCGCUGAGUUUGUGAAACUGAAGUAGCUUCAAUGUGUAUUUAGGUUUCUUCCUAUGGAAGAGAAUUAGGGUCAUAAAAAGAGUAAACCUUUUUCAAUCAGACCUGGGUGUAAACCUUUUUGCUCUUCUGUUAAUAAAUUGCAUCCUCAGUGACUUCUAGGCCAUGGAAAUAACUGGCUAAAGUCAAACAUGUUCCUCCAGAAAGCUUGUUGUCCUCUUCCACAACUUGCCCAACUGCUUUAAAGACCAAAUUCUUUGCUUUUUUUCAGUGGCCCUAAUGCUCUUCCAUAGUUUAUUGUUGUACUCAAUGAAAGCUAAUUGCUGUUUCUCGCCGCUUUUGCACCCAGUGUGGCCAUUUCAGCAUUUUCCAGGAGAAGGUAGUAUCAAAAUGAAAAAUGUGCCUUAGAGUGAAAACAACCAACUACAAUCAGUUCAGUUGCUUAUAGAAAAUGCUAAAAGUCRAGUGUCUGUUUUCUGAUUUCUGUUGCUCUAGGCAAAAAUAAAUUCAGUGAMAGUUUGAAAACACA